GAGGCAUUUAAUUUACUCCACCUAGUGGAUGCCCCUCCGGAACUGUUGGAUCCACUUAGUAAGGCUGAACAGGAUCGAAUCAAGAUGCGUCGGAAACGUGCACGAAAGCUUCGUCAGCGUAUGAAUCAACGAUUGCAAAAGUUAAUCAAGGAUGCUCGACGUUUCCUGAACCUUCCCGACUCUGGUCCUUGGGUAAUAACCCGAAUACAAGCCAUGGAAAAAACUUUGAACUCAUUGCUUCGGUGUUUAUCGGGAACACGAGGAAUGGAAAAGUUCCUUAAUUCCGGUGAAAUGUCAGAAGCAGUCGAUACUGCUAAGAGCACACUGGUCGACCGACAGAUCUGUGUUUCCCUGGGGCUUUUGCCUAUUUUGGUGAACCUUAUCGGCAUCAUUCGAAAUCAACGGCCUUCGUCCACUCAACUCAUUCCUGAUAGGACCUACCAACUGGCCUGUGAUGUACUGCAGGCAGUGUGUAACUCUUGUCCCGAGGCCUGCCAUCAUAUGGUCCUGACCAAUGACGUGUCAAUUUUGGUUGAUUGCUUGGUGACACGUUUCUCUACUCCAAUCUCAAGCGGGCGAUCUCUCGGUACUUCAUUCUCCGAGGUAACGGAUAACACCGACUCGUCUGUCGGACCUGUAUCUAGUCAGCCUUGUACAUUGGCUAUAAUGAAUUGUCUCACGAGGUUACUGUCUGAAUUGGCUAGUGAAUCUGAACCUUUGUCCAGAUCUGCUUCUGCAGAUUGCAACUCGAGUGGUGCCAUGACAAUCAAUCAACCCAAGCUUCAGGAUCUAUUAGGCUACAUUGUCAGCAGUGGUCUGGUCGAUUUGUUAGCCACCAAGUUGUCCAGUCCGCGUCAGGCGAGCUCGUUGAUGCGUAUUGGUAGUCCAAACACAAGCACAAAGAAUGCGGGCACCGGCACAUCGAGUAUGACGACUGCUGCAGAACAAGCACAACGUUUUGUUCUGACUAGCAUCGAUUUCCUUACCUCUUUGGUUCGUCUUUUGGGUCGAAUUUCGGAUCCACCAGUUACCGGAAAAGCGCGUGCCUCGUCCACUGCAAACUGCAACACUGCACCUCGUGGAAAAUCUUCUAUCGAACUAACCGAUGUUUCCAUGGAUGAACCUCAUCUGAACGGAGAUGGUCUGAAUUCGAGAGACCUAAAUGCGGACAACUGUGUAUCGUCUACAACUAACCGCUGUCACAGUGCCUCCUCACGGGACACUCACCUCGGUUCAUCCAUCAGCAGUUCGCGCAACGGCACCGUGGAUGGUGGACUGAGUCAUGGUUCAGACCCCACAAAACUGUUGGAAACCAUUGCCAAUACCGAAGUGUUUGGUCUGAUUCCUUUGCUGUACGGCUUACUGCUUGAUCCGAGUAGUCGUCCUUCGCAAAGUCUACUACCCCAGGGUCCUGCUACCGAAUCACGUGGAACUGGGCCCAGUGCACCCAAUCGACCUUCCGAUGCUAGUCUGACUCCUGUACAGAGAAAGCGUACUGUGCGCACUCCAGCGACCAAAGCACCUGAUUCGGUGGAUAACCCUGGCAGUAAAUCGGAUGAAAUUAAGGCCUUACCCUUCAGAAGUCAAGCAAUCGGACGAAUCACCCUUCAAGGAUUAAAAUUGCUCAACUCAUUAGCAGUGGUCAAUCAACCCGCAUUACAGUCCAUUGUAAGUGGUGAGCUGACUGGCUUGCUAACGCGGCACAUAUUGCUUAGCCUUUUGACUCGAUGUGCCGCCUCCACAACAACGUCCACCAUAUUUGGAACCUCCUUAUCUGUCCCAGGACGCAGUUCACCACCACUUAUAUCCACCAUAUCAAACUCUGUCAAAAACCCAGUAGAUUCGAAGUCAGGAACAAAUGUCUCCAGUGUGGACUCAGCCCAACCACGAAAACACUUGAAGCCUCAUGGAGCUGCGGAUCGUCGAGGAGAGGAGGCAGAUGAUAUAAGUUGCUUAUUGCCGAGCGGUGCCCGGCAGGUUGUUGUCCGUUCUUCAGCAACGGCUCCAGCGAAUCAACUAUCGACUGGUCGAGGUAACAAAGUCUCUAAAUUUGGUCUGCCAUCCUGGGCUUCAGAUAACCCAGAUACCCAAACAGACACACCCAAUCCGAAGGGGGAAGUUCCACCACCGACUAGAGCUUCAGGAUCGAUCUUGAGGCCGACUUUGAUCGACUCGGUUCUACACGAAGCCGUUCUUUGUUGUGGUCAUCUGUGUGCCUUACAUCCAGACAAUCAGAGCAGUUUGCAGCGAGGUCCAUCUCCCACUCUGUUACAGCGCCUGGUCGCUUUGCCGUUCGACUAUUUCAGUCAGAGACCGCUAACUGAUGUCCUCUAUCCAACUCUCAUUGCAUGCUGCUACUUGCAUGCAAGUAAUUUGGCUGUGUUGGAGGCGGAAUUGAGCCCUACUUUGCUGGCAAACUAUAUUGAAGAGCGCCUUUUGGAAAGGACAAUGAACUCACUGACCGAUAGUGACGGAAAGCAACUUACGACAGAUGAACUCCUAGAUACCCGAUUUCGUUUUGAGUAUCGAUUCCCGGUGAGCGAAUGGAACGCCGCCAAGGCAUACUUUGCUCAGUGA